AUGGAUGCACAAAGAUUUUAUGGGCGUAAGGAGCAUGAUCAAGCGGUUAGGCUCAUUCCUUCUGACAGUGAGGACAGUGAGCUUGAGGAGAGUGACAGUGAGGAAGAGUGGACUCCAAAAUCAGAUGACCUGCCUGAUGACAAUGAGUCUGUGGAUGAAGAGGAAAAUGAAGAGGAUGAAGUAUCACAGGAAGCUGUUCCACGCUUACCGCGUUGGAGAACACCCCACAGUGCCAAUAUCACUGAUUACCCAGAAUGGCAGGCCAGUCUUCCAAAAUCAGAUCAUAUCAAUUCCCCCUACAAAUACUUCAAGAUGUUUUUUUCUGAAGACAUUCUGGAAGUAGUUCUAGAGCAGUCAAAUUUAUAUGCCAUUCAGUGUGACACCAACAAGCCCCUUAACCUCACUAAAAAAGAACUGGAACAAUUUAUGGGUACAGCAGUAUACAUGUCAUUGUUUGGAUUACCAGGCACCCGCAUGUUUUGGAACAAAGCCACCCGAGUGUCCCAGGUAGCUGACACCAUGGCACUAAACAGAUGGGAGUUCAUUAAAAAAUCCCUGCACUUCAACAACAAUGAAGUGAGACAACGAGAAAAUAUUGAUCCACUCCACAAAAUCCGACCACUGGUCACUCAUCUUACCUCAAAGCUGCAGACAAUACCAAUGAUUGAGAAGUUGGCUGUGGAUGAGCAGAUGGUCCCUUUCAAGGGAAGAAAUAGACUCAAGCAAUACCUGCCAGCUAAGCCAAAGAAAUGGGGCUACAAGAUAUUCAUCUUGGCUGGCUCUGAUGGUGUCCCGCACAAUUUUGAGAUUUACACGGGGAGAGUUGUGCAACCACCUGAGCUGCCAGAUGUAGGAGCAAGUGGCAAUGUUGUCCUCCGCCUGGCCCAGCCAAUACCCAGACAGCAGAACUACAAGGUGUUCUUUGACAACUGGUUCACGAGUGUCCCUCUCAUUCUCACACUUGCUCACCAGGGAAUUCACUGUACUGGUACUGUUCGUAGCAACAGACUACCAGGUGUCAACUUGAUGUGUGAUGUUGAGUUGAAGAGAACUGGGCGUGGAUCUUUUGAACAGAAGAUCGCCAUGGUUGGAGAAACCACCUUGCAUGCUGUGAAAUGGUAUGAUAACCGUUCAGUCAGUCUUCUCAGCAAUUACAUUGGAGCGCACCCAGUCACCGACGUUGAUAGGUGGGAUGGCAAGCAAAAAAAAAUCAUCAAAGUUCCCUGUCCUGCUGUGGUGAGAGAGUACAAUAAGAAUAUGGGUGGAGUGGAUCUUCUGGACUCCCUCAUUGCACUGUACCGCAACAAAAUCAGGUCGAAAAAGUGGUACCAUCGGCUGAUGUUCCACUUUAUCGACAUGACCAUCGUGACUGCCUGGCUGCUCUACAAGAGAGACUGCAGCAGCACUGGGAUGAGAAAAGAGGAACAGAUGAGGCUUUAUACAUUCAAGUCAUAUAUUGCAGAAAGCUUGUGCAAAAGUGGAAAGAAUCUGGAGCGUUAG